GCUUUGCACUCAAUUUCAGAAGUUCAGAAGUAAGUUACACUUUACCGAAUUAGGUUUCUACAAAAGAUACCAGUUCAUUGAGUACAGAACCACACUCGGAAGAAAAUGUCUUCUGUUUCAAAAAUCUUUUUGCUGUGCCUCAUUGCCUGCAUUUUGCAUGUAAAUGAAGGAUUAGAGUUUGCGGGAGCUGGAAAGUUUUAUACUCAGAAACUUCAGUUGUCAAUGAUGGAAGUAUUUGAGAUAAAUAAUUUUUUUAUGGAACAACUGAAUUCGAUUAGUAAAAAGUACGAACAAAAGUAUUUAAAAAAAUAUCAGGAAUGCCAAGAAAAAUUCAUCAAUCCUGACGAUAUUUUCUCAGCAUUCACUACUAAAUCGAAAAUGGCUCUCCUUAAAUUAUGCAGCCAGGACGGCAAUAUAAAAGUAAUUACAAAAUCGAAAAAGGAUUGCGUUAAAAAUAUAAAAGAGUAUUUAGGCAACUUUCUCAAUAACUAUUCUUUUGACAAAGUACACAAAUGUUUAAAUGACGAUAAUACUAGUAAGUUAAUGGAAGAUGAUUCACCUAAAUCUAAAUCAGAAGAAGAAGAAGAUGAUGAAUAAAGUUAAAACUAUGACAAUAAAUGUCCAGUUAAAGACAUGAAAAUAUUUUUCAAUGUUUAAAAUUAUGUACGUUAUAAAACUGAUUAAUAAAAAAUUAAUUGAAUAAUUUA